AUGUAUCCCGUAUCGGUCAUUACUACCAUCUUGCUAGCCGUGGCCGCUACGCACAUAGCAGCAGACUUCUGGAUCUACGAAGUGAGCAAAAUAACGAACGCUGGAGGGUUAAGCUCGACCGAGUGGGGCUUUGGCUUCUUCGAUGCACCCCCCGAUUGUGAUCGCAUCGUCAACGGCAUCACGGAAGUGCAAGCGCAAAAGAGCGACGUUAGCGGAAACAAGCACGGGGUCCGACCCUACCCUUAUCGAGUGGAACAACGACAUGGGGCAUUUCAUGACCUGACUUUCCUUUUUCUAGCCGCGUAUGCCAACCGAGAUUGGGCUAUGGUCGAUCUACACGACAAUGUCGAAGGGAGAUGUGGUAAAGACACUUCCAAAGGAUACACAUGCACAUCUCCAGGCACCAAUGGAGCAACUCUGGAUUAUUUCGGCUCGUCCCUGAUCUUCUGCACGUCGCAGUACAACGCCGACUCGGUAAACGAGUAG